UCCAUCUCGCCCACUCCAGAAAAGUAACCCCCUUGGGAAGUGCGCUCGCCACGACAGCAGGACCGCGUUGCAAUAGCACGCUCUGCAACACAACUCUCAAACAGCUCAAGUAGCAGUUGCAUGAGAAGUUUGGUGCGCCCGUUUGGGCACUCGCACUAGCACGCGUCAACGCAAAUAAGGAUGUAACCUUUUUGGCUAGAGUGCAGCCCAGCGGUCGUUUGCAUUUGCGCUGUGAGAAUAUUGAUCGAUGUGGUGCGUUGAUGACGCAGACUCACUGAAGAGCAUGCUGGACAGGAUUGAUCAAGUUCGCACGACCCUCUCCGGCUUGAAGGGGGGGCACGACGAGCAACGCUUCUAUGAAGAGAUUUUGUCUUCCCUGCCGCAGUUUGUAGCGUGCGGUCCACAGUCCUCCGGGAAGAGCUCCGUCAUCCGCCGCAUCAGCGGGGUGACGCUGCCCGAGGCGGCCACCCUGUGCACCCGCAUCGCCACACUCGUGCAGAUGCGCCGCGAGAAGGACCCGGCGAUCAACGUUGUCUUGGUAGGACCUUCGGGCCAGGAGUUGUCCAACGAACCACUUUCGGAGCCAGACAGGGUGCACGUCGCUGUCGAGAAGGCCCAGAUGAAGGCGCUGGAGAGCAGUAGUGGUAAACAGUUUGUGGACGAUCACACUGUCACAAUCCGGGUCUGCGGCCCUGAUCAGCCCAACGUAACUUUAGUGGACCUCCCAGGCUUCCACAACGACAAUGAUGAGGGUGCGAAAAUUGUCAACGAGAUGGUCAAGCGGUAUGUCGAGAUGGCCGGGACCCUUACGUUGCAUGUCAUCAGAGGCGAUCAAGAUUAUGCCAGUGUGCUUGGGAACGAUUUCAUGCGUCAAGUUCGCAAGGAUGAUUCUUCGCGCGUCACAGUUCUUACACAUUGCGACAAGUUCCAGGAUAUGUCUGUUGAAAGUUCCAUGCUUCUGGAAAACACGCUCAGCGCCACAGCCAAAAACAGCAGCGGCACCUUCGCUGUACAUGGUCGCGCCAGUGGCAAGGAGGAGGCGGCGGAGGAGGCCAAGAUGCGGCAGAUGUUGGAGAAUGACUCGCGCAUGAAAGGUUGUGGUCUUCGUGUUGGUGUUGCUCCUCUCGCCAAGCAUCUUGAGGACCGCAUGCGCUCUCACCUGGAGAUGCAGUACCCGAAAGCAGUCAAGGCAUUAAAAACAUCCCUUGCUGACACCAUCGCGAAGAUCGACAAAAUUCGAGAGCGCACCCCUUCAGAAGUUCUUUUACAAAUGGCUUACACAAUGGGGCAAACCUUUGACAGAGAGAAGCGCACGUUAAUGAAUCAAGUGAGGGAGAUGCUGCACACGAUGGCCAUGGAUAUCAAGAAUUAUGAAAUUUCUCCCAUCAACAAAACGGCGAACAAUUCCUUGUGUAAAAGAGACGAUUUUUCCGAACCUCUGGAGGUCGGCCAGAAGAUUUAUGUUCAGAUGGAGAAUGAAAGAUUCGCUGCUAUAGUCACCAGCGCCACAAAAGAAAAAGUGUCGUGGCGAGAAAAGGCGGCCGCGGCUGAGGGCGCGGAGCCAAGGACAGGCACUACUGCGCAUAAAGAAAUCUGGACCGCAGAAGUGACAUCACCCCAAUGUAUAGUUGAGGACAUACGGCUCUUGAUUCAAAGUCGAGGCACGCGGAACAUUAUGCAUGCCGACCGCCAGCCCAUCAUCGAAUCUUACGCAGCUGAUUUCGCCAAGCAUUACGAUUCGAAGAUUCGAAGCUCACGAGAUCUGAUCGAUACGAAGUUGGCCGCCUUGUUCGAUACAGUAUUUUUGUACAAAGAUAUUCCUGAAAGUGGUAAGCGCGCCGGUGAGCACCUUCGGGAAUGCAUGGAGGAAGAACUCGAGACAAAUCGCCAAGUCUCAGACCUUGCGAUCGAAAGCAUUGCCGCUCAUAACACCGAGCCUGACUUGAUCUUCAGUUCCAACGACCAUUAUCUCAGCGAUUUGGUCCAGAAGAUGGUGGCGGCUGAUACAGACAUGGCUUCAGACAACGGAUCUUUCAGGCAUAUCUACCACAAUGUGCGUGCAUUCAUCAAAGUCCAAAGAAAAUACAUCACAGAGAUAGCUUCUAAAGAGCUGCUCCGUACAACUGUAUUGGCAGCAGAAAACUCGUUCCUUAAUUUGCUCGAAUCCAUCCGUAUUGGUAGCAGCAAAGUGAAUGAGUGUACGAAUCGCAUCCAGGAACCGAACAAGGUCACGCGGGAGCGAGAGAUGCUGCUCUCGCGGAAGGAAAUUCUCGAGCAGGCGAUUGAGUGUUUUAAUAAACCGUUGCAUGCGAUUUCCGAUGCCGAGUGAUAGUUGUUGUUUCUGCCUGUGUUCUUCAGACCUCUUGCACUUCACACAGGUGGAUCGCCAAAGAAUCACGAAGCCGUCUCGCUGCAUUCCAGAGGUUGAUGUCUAGAGCAGUGCAUCCAGCAAUGUAUAAGUGCAACGAUGGCCUUGUUUUCUGCAACUGGACACUUACUAGCAAUGGCAACGAAUCCCACUGCAUGCUGUUAUCGCCGGCACGUGGUAUUGAUUUUCGGUCUUGCCAAUAAAAUGUCAAAACAUAUGUGUAUUUGUCGUGCAAUAGCACGUGAGGGCAGCAGCGGGAGCGGCCGGCAAUUGGCGUCCACCGACUCAUCCGGCUAAUUCCAUAGUAUGUAAACAAAUAGCUUCACAGGCCACCCCGACAGCCCCUAAGAGGCCAUCAUGAGAGCCCCGCCGAGAGGAGGAAGACGAGCUUGCUCCCGUCGCCCUCCCUCGUCACCCGGGCUUCAGGCCAGAGAGCCAUGUGCGAAGCCAGAUUGCCAUAUUGGACGCGGCGCACCUGGGGGCAGCAUAUGCAUGACGAUAAGUGUUGCGGGCGCAUGCCAAUGUGCUUGCUAAGUGUUGCAGAUGGUGUAUCAUUCUGCGCUGAUUGUGAGCGCCAGCUCGUUCGAUGGUCCGUUGCGGCUGCCUCGAAGCGUCCCUUGCUUCAUUGAUAGGUAUGUUCGCCUUGGUGGCGUGGCUGGGGCUCCCAAGGAGCGUCUCUUACAGAAGCCUCUCACGCGUGCCAAAUCUUAUCGAGACAUGUUCCGAAGUGGUGAUGCGUCUCGGUCCACCCUUGCUAUAUCAAAAAA